AAGUUAACCUAAAACAAACGAAUAUGUCAUAUCUUUCUCUCUGGUUGUCGUUUUGAGAUUGUGGUCGGCGUUAGCGCGUGCAUUUCACUCCCUAAUUUCUGCGGAAAGAGAUAUCGAUCCUCCUUUGCUUCCGAGCUCCGUGAAACCCUUUUGAAUUAUCUAUCAAACCGACAAAACCCACUUCCCCAAGUUCCAUUUGAUCGCUUCCGCUGAUUUACAGAUGGCUUCAAUUGUUGCAAACCUGCCUCCGCCACUGUUCUUCAACGGAAGACAGCCCCUUCUGCUGAGAACUCUUCGCAAAUUUGCAGUGUCUGCCUCUGGAGAGAGACACGGACGUGUUGCCAUUGUUGCAAAGGCUAGAAGUGAAAGCUCUGAAUCAUCUACCUCCCUGAGUGUUGUUAAAUCUGUUCAGAAUAUAUGGGAUAACUCUGAAGAUCGGAUUGCUCUUGUAGGGCUGGGAUUUGCUGCAAUUGUAGCUAUUUGGGCAUCUGCAAAUCUAGUUACGGCCAUUGACAAACUUCCUAUACUCCCAAGUGUUUUGGAAUUCAUCGGCAUAUUGUUUUCUUCGUGGUUCAUAUAUCGGUAUCUCUUAUUGAAACCUGACAGGGAAGAGCUGUUCGGAUCAAUUAACAAGUCAGUAUCAGAGAUCUUGGGCCAGUAAUACUAAUUUGCAAUCAUACAAGAAGGCAAGGCAGAGCAAUUGAGAGCCUAUCUGAGUAUUUAGAAUUGAAUUGUAUUCUUGGUUUUUAUGCUUGUUGCUGUAUCAAUGGAAUAUUGCUUUGCAGAAUGAGCAGGUUUAGCUUUCUCUUGUAUAGAAGCAAGAUGUGAGUGAAUCACUGAACUCUUGUUGUCUUGCUCAAUGGUUUGCCUUGAAGGCAAGAUGGAAGUUUACUUGAGCACUGUAUCAAUGGUUUGGGAGAGGGGUGUGAAUGGAGUUGGAUGGAAUGGGAGGGAUAUUGAUAUUAUGAGUGGAAUGAAAUGGAAUUUCUUUCUAUCCAAUUUCUUUAAAA